CUUCAUUCCAUUCAUUACUUUUUACUACAUUCUCUUCGUAAGCCCAUCUAAUAGGAUAUGCUUCGUCGUGCUGUGUCGCUCUCUGUCUUGAACUUUACUCGCCAAGCUUUAGUUUCGCCUGUUGUCUCUUUCAAAAUUCAGACCAGAACUAUGGCUAGCACUAAAGCAAAAUUGCAGUUCGGUCAGAUCCUCAAGUCAGAGAUUGAAUCCAUCAAAGCAGCUGGCACUUAUAAGUCUGAGCGAGUCAUUGUCUCCCCUCAGAACUCUGCUAUCAAGGUUGCAGGUGGAAGCGGUCAAGUUACUCCACAGAUCAACUUUUGUGCUAACAACUACCUAGGUCUUGCAGAUCAUCCCGAGGUCGUUGCUCGUUCAAAACAAUACUUGGAUACCCAUGGAUCUGGCUUGAGUAGUGUCCGCUUCAUUUGUGGUACUCAGGAUAUUCACAAGGACCUUGAGAAAAAGAUCACAGAAUUUUACGGCACAGAAGACACCAUCCUCUAUGCCUCAUGCUUUGACGCCAAUGCCGGCAUCUUUGAGACCAUCUUAACAGACCAAGAUGCAGUUAUUUCUGAUGCUCUUAAUCAUGCCAGUAUCAUUGAUGGGAUCCGCCUCUGCAAAGCUAAGCGCUUCCGCUACAAAAAUUGCGAUAUGGCAGACCUUGAGACCCAACUUCAAGAGGCAGACAAAGCUGGUGCCCGCUUAAAGUUGAUUGCGACAGAUGGCGUGUUCAGUAUGGAUGGCAAGUUUGCACCUUUGGACAAGAUCUGCGAUAUCGCAGAAAAGUACAAUGCCUUGAUUUUUAUUGAUGAUUGCCAUUCGACAGGAUUCCUAGGCCCCAAUGGCCGUGGUACUGCAGAGCACUUUGGCGUCCAGGAUCGCGUCCAUAUUGUCAACUCGACUCUUGGAAAGGCUCUUGGCGGCGCAGCAGGAGGUUAUACAACUGGAUGCAAGGAUAUGAUUGACCUGCUCCGUAACCGUUCUCGCCCUUAUCUGUUCUCCAACAGCUUGCCACCAGCAGUUGUGGGAUCUGCCAGUGCUGCCUUAGAUUUGAUCGAUAGCGCAAAGACAAACGGCUUGUUUGAUAGAUUGUGGGGAAAUACAAAGCUAUUUCGCUCGCUACUGACCGAAGCUGGAUUCACUAUCAAGGGCGAUAACCACCCUAUCGCACCCAUCAUGUUAGGUGAUGCUCGCCUUGCUAACCAGUUUGCCGACAAGAUGUUGCAGCGCGGUAUCUAUGUCAUUGGCUUCUCAUACCCUGUCGUCCCCAAGGGAGAAGCACGCAUUCGUGUCCAGCUGUCAGCUGCACACACUGAGGAACAAAUUCGUCAGGCUGCUAACGCCUUUAUCGAUAUCGGUCAAGAACUCGGUGUUAUUGGUGCCAAGAGCAAGCUUUGAGCUUUUAAGAUACAGAAUACAUUUUCCCCCUAUUCUAAUAUGGCUUUAGGUUCAUUUCUUUAUUUCUCGUAACAUUCUUUAUUGGUGCUAUGUACGAUUCCUUUCUGGGAUGAAGCGCUUGAUACCUAUCUCGGCGACUUUGUAGAGAGGAAGGGCGGUCCUUGGGUGAGAUAACUGUUUUUUUGUAGCAUGUGAAGGAUAUAGUACAUGACAUAAAAUAACUGU